AUGAAUGGUUUUUAUUUGGCCUUGUUCUUUAUACUACAAUAUUCCAUGAAACUAAAGGCUGAUAUACCAAACAACAAUCCUCAAAAUUGGGAUCCGCCAUACUUAAGUAAAGACCCAGAGCCAAUGAACUGUACUACAAUUGUAAAUGCAUUUGCUCAGUAUGCAUCAGAUCUUACAAGAUGUUCUAUUAUGUAUGCUAGACCUAUCACACUAUGUGAGAAUUGUAUAAAAGAGUAUAUGAAUUUCCACACUAAGUAUCAAGAGUUACUGACGACCGUAGUGAAUGGAACUUCUUGCAAGUCUAUGUUUAUAUCACAAGACCGACUGGAUGCUGUUCUAGAAUAUCAUGACAAUAUACUAAGUAUUUGGGACAAAGGACAUUGCAAUGCAUGUUACGACUGGUCUAAUCCAGCAGCACCUACUUUAUCAAAUCAAACAGUUCACUUCAACACAUUAUAUAAAGAAACAAAUAAUUGUAUACAGAAAUAUACUGCAGAAAAUAAAAGUGAAGUGUGUAAUAAAUGUAUGCAGGAGUAUCUUCAGUUGGAUGAUUAUUACAAAACUCUUAGUGAAGAUGCUGUAGGCGUGGACAGCAUUUGCAUGGACGUUUUUGACUCAAUGAAUGCAACAAGAUCAACUUGGAGUAAAACUUAUAAUUGUUGUAAACUCAGAAGAUCACCUGAAAUAAUAUUUUUAUGCUGUGCAGCGAUUAUAUCAGCUUUACCACUAUUUUAUUACAUUAUGUUGAGAUAUUGUGGACCCAUCAGAGACUUUCCCAAUGUCCUAAAACAAUCAAGAUUCAAGCAAACUAUUUUAAGAUCAAUAAACAGAAGAAUAAACUAA